CGUCCACACUGGCGGGCUAAUCAGCGCUAAAGUUAACUGCUACCAAAGAAAAAGAAUCUGAGACCUCUUCUUCUUCCUCCUCCUCAACGACUAAUCUCAUCUUCAUUCAAUUCCUCACCUUUUUAUGAUUUACGCGCUUAUUUUUUCUUCCUUUUUGAAAUUUCAUCAUCUCAGCAAGACAGCAGCCUCCCUUCCUCUUUUUCUCCCCUUUUCUGGGUAAUUGCAUCUGAUUCGAAAUUUUUAAACCAUUUUAAAAUUCGAUCUGACGAGUUUCCCAAUCAGGGUUUUGAUUCCUUACUCUCCUUUCCAUCCAAAGCUCCAGACUUUGUUGGUUUCUGUGUGCUGAGAGAGAAGCUUCACCAUCAAGUCGAAUAAAAAUCUCAUCUUUCUAGGGUUUUUAUAUUCUUCCCCAAAACCAAUGUUUAACCUUUGAGUUUAGUUUCCAUCUUUGAGAUCCAGAACAUGGGAUCGAACCCCGAGAUCACCUCUCUCAAAAAAAGCAACGCUCUCUGCCCUCUCGAUGUCUCAUCCUCCUUCUCCUCCCGAAGAACACUCAUCUCCUCCGACGGCAACAAACUGAAAAGCUGGUCCUCCUCAGUCACCACGGUCCUCCCUUCCCCGUCAGCUAAAUUCAUGAAAAUGGCCGAGCAGAGAGACGAGGUCUCCCGCUCGGUCAAAACCUCGAGCAUCCGGGAACGGAUCAGCGGCGUGCUCCACCGGAAAAUCGACUGGACAUCUCUAGCCAACAUGGGGAAAGAAUGGAUCAGAAACCCUAUCAACAUGGCCCUCUUCCUCUGGAUCCUCGCCGUCGCCGUCUCCGGAGCCAUCCUCUUCAUGGUCAUGACCGGGAUGCUGAACCACGCUCUCCCCAAGAAGUCAGAGAGAGACGCGUGGUUCGAAGUCAACAACCAGAUCCUCAACGGUCUGUUCACGCUGAUGUGUCUCUACCAGCAUCCGAAGCGGUUUUACCACUUGGUGCUUCUCUGCAGGUGGGGGCGUGAUGACGUGGCUAAGCUUAGGAAGGUUUAUUGCAAGAACGGGAGUUAUAAGCCUCACGAGUGGAUGCAUGUGAUGGUCGUUGUGCUUUUGCUUCAUUUGAAUUGUUUCGCUCAGUACGCGCUUUGUGGUCUUAACGUUGGUUACAGAAGGUCUGAGAGGCCGCCUAUUGGUGUCGCUGUGUGUAUCUCCGCUGCUAUUGGUGCUCCUGCUGCCGCGGCGUUGUACACUAUGCUUAGUCCCCUUGGGAGAGAUUACGAUGAUGAUGAGGAGAAUCAACUCCAAGGGUCUGUGAAUAGCAGAGUUAGUUUAGAGAGGAGGUACUCGUUUGCUUCAAAUGGGAUGGUUCCUGUGAGUGAUCCUCAGUGGAGCGGUGGAGUUUUGGAUAUUUGGGAUGAUAUCUCGUUAGCUUAUCUUUCUCUGUUUUGUACUUUUUGUGUGUUUGGAUGGAACAUGGAGAGAGUUGGGUUUGGGAACAUGUAUGUUCACAUUGCCACGUUUAUUCUCUUUUGCUUAGCGCCUUUCUUUAUAUUCACCUUAGCUGCGGUUAACAUCGAUGACGAGACGGUUAGGGAGGCGCUUGGAGUAUCCGGAAUCCUUCUCUGUGUGUUUGGUUUGCUCUACGGUGGAUUCUGGAGGAUCCAGAUGAGGAAGAGAUUCAAGCUGCCGAGUUAUAAGUUCUGCUUCGGUAACGCUGCCGUUGCUGAUUGUACUCUUUGGCUGUUCUGUUGCUGGUGCUCCUUGGCGCAGGAAGUUAGGACUGCGGACUCUUAUGAGAUUGUGGAGGAUAAGUUCUGUCAGAGAGUGCAGCAAGAGAAGAGUUUGGUGUCUCCUCUGCCUCGUGAAGACGGUGUGUUUGAUCCUAAGGUUGGUAUUGGGAGCUCGCCGAGGAACGUGAGCGGAGCCAACACUCCGAGUAGGUUUUGGAAAGAGGUGCAUAGUCCGAAUGUGCAGACGCCUAGAGGGAAUGGUGAAGGGAACAGCGAGGUUGUUCUGACUCCGCCUUCUCCUUUGUCUAUACGCAGAGAAGCUUGAUUUGAACAACCAUGGAGUCCUGCAUCCGCUGGUAGUUCUCCUUACAUUUGAGUACUAUUCUCUUUGAUUGAUUCGCUGUAAGUUGUAACAACGUUUGAUGAAAACCGGUUUUGUCUUUUGAAUUGUGAUAGUAUCCAUAUCUGUUUCCGGUUUAAAACUUUCUUGUAAUGUAAAUUUGUCAGCUACGGCCACAUUUCUGUAAGACUCGAGUUCUUAAGCCUUUGCUUGCUAGCUUUGCUUUUUUA